CGCUGCGAGGCGCGCGCCACGGCCCGCACGGGCGUGGAGAUGGAGGCGCUGACGGGCUGCGCCGUGGCGGCGCUGGCGCUGUACGACAUGUGCAAGUCGGUGGACCGCUCCAUGCGCAUCUCGGAGCUGCGCGUGGUGCACAAGUCGGGCGGCCGCAGCGACAGCGCCGCGCCGCCGCCGCCGCCGCCGCUGCGCGCGCCCGACCGCUCGCCGCUGCCCGAGGGCGAGACGUACGCGCCCACCAACGUCAUGCACUUUUAAACUACAGCUCGGAGUACCACGCCCGGCCCCGUUCGCCAAAGUACUCGUACACCAUUCUCACAAUUGUUAUAAAACAUUGUUCUCCUGUCUCGUACCUCCUUAAUAAGGUGCUAUGUAUGUAAGUUCCUAAGAGUAAUUUCAUUAUAAUGAUACAAAAUAUUAACGAUCGACCACGAUCUCCUUAUAGUGCCUAAGCCUACAGCGAUGGCGCAGCUAAACAUUCCUUCAGCUACAUUCGCAUUACACGCACUCAUUGCACGUCUAUACCAAUUUUAUUACAAAGUCGAGUAAAACUCGGGAACACACGUUGACCUCUGCUAAAGUUAGCUAGUAAUAGAUGCGUUACGUCAUUGUGUACAAUUAUUAUUAUUUUGUAUUUUUUUAUUAAAUCAAGGUUGUAAAUAUCUUCCAACAUAUUAAGUAAUAUGUAAGCAGUUUCUCAAAGAAACUUCAGUUUCCUACAAUCUAUGAAUAAAAUUUAGCUUUCUAAGCGAGUUUCUUGUCCUGGUUUGUGUCCUUAACUCCAGGUGCAAUAAAUCUCGCAUAAUAAUUGUGAUAAAUUAAAAUGUGAAUACACGUUUGUGAUAUAUCAUCUCGAUCAGAUCGUUAACAUAUCACUGCUGCAAGUUAACAAUAAGUUAGUUAGCCAAGAAGACUGAUCAUCAUUGGUCGCAAGUUUGCACAACGACCCGGCGAUAUCGGAAUUUGUCUUCUUUGUGGUCGAUAUUAAGAUGUUACUAGAAAAAGAAAGAAAAAUGAAUAUCAUUAAUGGAUAUGGUAGUACUUAUCUAUGUGAUUAGUAGUUCUUGUGUUGUUACUACUUACAUAUGAAAUCCACUUAAUGCGUGGUUUGGGCAAUUAGCUAGGAAAAAUUAUUCUAAGAAUUGAUAUGAUUUUUUUUCCGCCGGGCUUGUGUACACUUUGGACGAGGAUCAUCAGUAUCAUCAGGAGCAACACGUGCAGCUAAUUAGGAGACGAAAUUAUAGUAGGUAGGUAUAGCUAACCUUACCGAAGGCUGUUUAUACCUAAUACAGGUUAUUUGUAAAAAAAAUGGUGUAUUGAUAGUCAAAAGCAAUAGAAAAAUGGACCAAUAACAUGGUUAUGAACCUGUGACCCAUGAUAUUGAUUCAUUUUUCAACUGCAGUCCUUUAUUUUUUAACAUUUUAUGACGUAUCAAAUGACGUGUCUGCUGUUAUAAUUAAAAUAAUGAAUAAGUGUAUAUGUUUGCAUAUUUUUAAUGCAAGACAGAAAAUAUUACGAAUAUUGAUUCUAAAAGAAUUAUUUAAUAAUUAUGAUUAAAACAAUUAGUGUUAAGGCUGUUGUUGUCAUUGUAAUAUAUUGACAUGUUACAUAUUAUUUUUUUGUAUAUUUUUAUUAAAUUGUAUAUAAAAAUAUUGAAUUUGCGAUGUUUCAUUAAACAUGUUUUGUUAAAAUCAGCAACAGUAGUCUGUGAAUAUGUAAUAGAAAAACUUCAUUGUUUAUGGUUACUAUAUUUUGAAUAAAACUUGUGCCAGUGCUUCUCCAUUUGCCUGUGGCCAUGACCUACUGGUAUAUUUGCACCAGGUCCAGAGUUGAUGCUGGCUCCUUUCCUCAAAUGGAAUGGGAUAAACACUACACUAAAACCUACUUCCGCACAUAUAGGUAACAACUUAUUUUAUCAGACAGAAUUCUUCAGGAAGCUCAGGGGAUUUGACCCAAGCAAGCCACGAUAGAAAUUAAAUCUGUCAAGACGUAAUAAAGUAUUUUGUAGGAUAAACCAAUAAGCAUUUCAAUCAUUCUUUGUAAAAGAAUGAUUAAAGACUGAUAUUGACUUAAUGCUGUCUAGACAACAUACUCAACAAGUAAGAAAUGCAUAUCUAUGUAUUUAUAAAAAAACAUUAAUGUCAUUAAAACUUUUUAUUUAAUGUAUUUCACAUGAAGUUAAAAAUUUUCAUGAAUUGCUUCUUGGCCUAUAAUAUUAUUAAAACAAAAUAUUUGCUGGCUCAAUCAGACUCAAACAGAAAAUUAAAAUUUGGUAAAAUGUUAUAUACAUUAAUGAGUAAGCAGUUUACAGUAAACAAUAGUAAUUAGUUAGCAAGUUGCGAUAAUACUUCAGACAUAGUACCACUAGUACACUUUUAACAAUACCCCAUCCAUGUUACACUCAUUGGGUCACCAUAAUUUGAAUAACACUUCCAUGUUUGGACUUCUGGUAGUUUUAGACGAGUGUGAUUGUUAAAGCACCAAGUGGUAUACAUUUCUGUCCCAAAUAUUGAAACAAGAAAGCUUUUAGUACUUAAGAAGAUAUUAAUAACAAUUUAUGAUAAAUACAAUCAAAGUUAUCCACUGGCUACUAGAACAUUAGACUUCGAGGGCUGCUCUGGUGCAGCCUCAGCAGGAGGGCGAUCUACUCGCUGGAGGCGUAUGUCGUGGCAUUCUAUGUAUUCAUUAAUGUCGCGACCUUUUUUUGUAAGUUGUUCUUCCAAUGCUUUGAGAGCUUUCGGCAAUUGUUCACAAUUACUCUCAAGUUCAGGCAAAACUUCAGCAACUGUACGUUCAACUAGAACUCCGCCCACCAUACGAAAACAUUUGCGAGUUUUGUCCACACCACGGAGAGUUUCAAUUACUAUUCUGUAACAAAAUUAGGAAUGUGUUUACAUUUAGCUGCAAAACUAUUAUAAUUUAUAUCUUUAUUUUCUCAUAAACACUACAGUUACUUAUUGUUUUGAAGUUUUAUUACAAUCGAAAAAACCGGACUGUAAGAGGUAAAGCCUGUACUAAAGAUGAAUACUAGUUUCUAAUAGGUCCAAAGAUAAUGAAUGUGAUAUGUAGUAAUUUAAUAUUUACUUAUGUUCGUUGAGAUCCAUUUCCAACUCUGAAAUUUUGUUUGCUAGUUGGCGUUGUUCAGCUCGAAGAUUUUGAAAUCCAGAGAAAAUUUCUUCACUGGAUUUAGAUUUCGGGUUUUUUGAUGGCGCUUUUUGAGACAUUGUUUUAAUUAUUUAUUUAUUAAAUAAAAAACUUAAAUUUCCAGUUCGCAGCAAGUUAGGUUAUUUUACUAAAAUGAAAAUGAUAGAUGAACGAAAAUGAGUCAAUUGACAAGUCGUUUAUUGUCAAAAUUCAUAGACUACAUUCAUAGAUUGCUGAAACUCAUGGAGGAAUUAAUUCUUAUCGUCUAAGGCUGACACAAACUACAAAAUUUAGCCACACACUUAUAUCGAAGGCAUUUCCCGUGCCAAGACCACAUUUAAAAUGUUUGAAAUCGGGGCGACACGACACGCCAAGCCUCAGUAAUAUAUUUCGGGCUUUAGUAAAUAUUGGACAGCAGUGACGCAUUUAGGAGACUGAACUCUCAGUCAACAUUCAAAUAGUACUUAAAAUUUUAUGUUUAUCUAUCUCUCAUUGAGAUAGAAUAUAUAUAUAUAUCCCAUGUCAAUGCUAUCUCUUCACCAAACUCUUGAUUGCCCAGCUGUAGUUUGUUUAUGACGAAUGUCAAUUAAAUUGUCAAAAUGUAAAUGUCAAAACAACAGAAUAAUAAUUGGUCUUUGAAAGGAUUUAUUUAUUGUAUCGUAACAAAUAUUUUGUAAACAUACAUAAUAAAAUUACUCUCAUUGUUAAGUAAUUUAUUUAUUUAACUUUAUGCACUAAGUACAUAGGUAAUUUACCAAAACGUAUGUGUAUUUGUUAUAGUGUGUAUCUUUUAGUAGCAUGUACGUGUAUGUUUUUGUGAGAACAACAGCUUAGUAUUCAAUUGGCCAGGACUACAAUAUGAAAUACGAAGAGACACUACAACGAGAAUGGGACAUCAGUAAGGAACUGCCUUGCGGCGAUGUGAGUGGCGACGAUGUGACCCCGUCGGAUGCGGCGCUAGGCGCGCUGCUAGAGGAUGCAGAGCCCGCCGAUGCGGACGCUGAGCGGCGCGUGCGACGUCUUGGUAGUCGGCUCGCGCGCCUCGACGCGCUCAACGUGGCCGGCAUGCUGGCCGCCGCCACCGAGAGCGGGGGCGCCGGCGCCGCGCUGGCCGAGCGGCUGGAGGCCGGGCUGGGCGCGGGCGCGGCGCUGUCGCAGCGCUUACGGCGCUACGACGCGCUGGCCCGCGCCGCCCCCGCCGCUCCGCACGCUCGCUCCGACGCGGCGCGCGCCGACGCUAACGCGCGCGUCUUGCUGGCCGAGCUGGCGGACCUGUUCGGCUGGCUGGACGCGGCUCCACUGCGCGACUUAGAUUCGUUGGCUGAGGUGGCGCUGACGUCGAACGAAGGCCGCGCGCAGGCGCUGGCAGCGGCCGAGGCGCUGCGUAGCGCGCUGCGGGCCGAGGCCAGCGCGCCCGCGCCCCGCCGCCGCCUCGCCGCAGUGCGCGAGCGCCUCCGCCGCCUCUCGCGUGCACGUGACCAGCUGGCGGCGGCGCUGGCGCGGCACCUCAACAACGCGCUGAUCCACCUCGGGAACGAGGCGGCGCACGAGUCCCGCGCGCACCGCCACCACGCCGACCUGCUGCCCUACGCGCCCUUCAUGCGCUGGCUCAAGGACAUGGACGAGAAGGCCUUCGAGGCGCUCGCUAAGGUGUACGUGGGCACGUGGGCGCGCGUGUACGAGCGCGAGCUGCGCGCGGCGUGCGAGGCGGCGCGCGCGGCGCUGGCGGCCGCGCCCCCCGACCGCGCCGACGAGCCGCUCGACACUGUUUUGAGUUUGGUCGAGAGUUUGUGCAACGCAGAGCAAGACUUUUGCACACAAUUCUUCUUCUUGGACAUCGACAUUAAGGGCGACGGCGGCGACGGCGAGCGCAGCGAGGGCGGCGAGCGGGGCGAGGCGCGGCGCGGCGCCAGCGAGACGCGGCGCUUCAUGUGCGACCUGUUCCCCGCGCUCGAGGCCGAGCUGGUCGCGCUCGUGGCGCACGUGGAGCGGCACGACCCCUACGGCGCCAUGCGCGCGCUGGCCUGCGUGGGGCGCCGCGUGCUGGGCGCGGGCGCGGACGCAGGCGGGGGCGCGGGCGCGGCCGGGGGCGCCAGCGACGCGCGGUGGGCGCGCGCGGCGCUGGCGGGCGUGGCGGUGGCGGCCAAGCGCGGCGCGGACCGCUGCGUGGCCGAGCGGCUGGCGGCGCUGCCCGACGCCGUCAAGCAGGCGGCGAAGAAGCCGAAGUGCGGCUUGCUGAGCUUCCUGCAGGAGCUGGAGGCGCUGAGCGACGCGUGCGAGCGCAUCUUCGUGUCGAGCGGGCGGCGCGCCGACCUGGAGCGCUGGUACGUGUCGCUGGCCGGCGCCAUGCUGCACGCCAUCCAGCACGCCGAGCACCCGCGCACGCCGCGCGCCGUGCUGCACAUGGAGAACUACCACCGGCUGCACGGCGUGCUGUCGGCGCUGCGCGUGCCCGCGCUGGAGAGCUUGCGGCGCGAGUGCCGCGCGCGCUACUCGGACGCGCUGCGCGCCUACGUCACGCAGUACUUCGGCCGCCCGCUCGAGAAGCUCACGCAGUUCUUCGAGGGCGUGGCGGAGGCGGUGGCACAGGGCGUGCGGGAGGACGAGGUCUGCUACCGCGCCGCCUUCAGCAAGCACGAGCUGCGCCGCGUGCUGGCCAUGUACCCGGCGCACGAGGUUCGCAAGUCUCUGCACCGGCUGUACCGCACGGUGGAGAAGCACCUGAGCGAGGAGGGCGGCCUCCUACAGGUCGUGUGGCGCGCCAUGCAGGAGGAGUUCAUCGCGCAGCACGUCGCUCUGCAGGCGCGCAUCGCGGCCUGCUACCCGGCCGCGGGGCUGGCGCUGCCGCUGACGACGCAGCAUAUACUGGACGCCUUCUCCGACAUCGCGCGUGAGCACUGAGCCUCGGCCUCUCCGUACGCACCCUGUAUACUCUGUUUCUUUCACUUGUUAAUACACAGAUAUAUAUAGAAUUGUAUAUAGAAUAUUUAUAGACUAUACGUGGCAUUGUCGUCAGAUGUUAAGUAAGGGUGAUAAUGAAGUUUGAUUUUAAUAUCCGUCUUUAGAUAAAUUCAAAACAGUUGUCACGUUCUUUUUCUGCAUUGUCAAAAACUUUCUUAAUUGUUUUUUUGUCCGACGAAAUAAAAAAGAAUACUUGUAAUUUUUUCCAUUAUCUAACUGGCGAACUAAUUAAUUGGAUAUUCAUACCCUGUCACCAUUAUCCCUAUUGAAGGUAGGCAUUUAAUGUAAAUUCAAAAAGUUUGGUUUUGAGGGGGAGGGAUGUGAUAUCACUUCUCUCGUUACGGGCCUAACCCGGAUUUCAUUCUAAGUUCGUCAAUAACUAGUAAUUAAUGAAUGUGUUAUACUGGUGAAUACUAGAACUAAUCGAUAAGCGAGAUUUUACGUUGCCACAUCACUAUUUCCGAAGAGAAGAAAUAAAAAAACAUAUUAUAAAUGGCCGUCCACGCCAUGGUCACAAUAAUUAUAAAACAGCAAAUAAAUAAUAGUUUUGUACCUUUAGUUUGUAUAAUUUCAAUAUAUUGUCUUUUUAUAACUAUCAUACAGCACUAUACAGCUCUGUUAACCUUUUAACCGGCCGACUUCAGUUGGCGUGCCCUAAACGCCCGGCACAGUGAAUUGAAAAUUAAAUAGGUACCUACAUAAGAAAGAGGGACGUGCGAUACUUAACUUUGUGAUGUCGAUAUUUCGUUUUAAUAACGACAUUGCAUUUGUGAGCAUGGUUAACUAACAACUACUUACAUCUCACCAAGCUUAGUUUGCACCUCACGUCGUUUACGUCACACUGACAUUUAGAUACCUACGGGCUGCAAAAAAGGAUUCGCUAUGACGAAAAGUAAACGAAUGUUUUUUAGCUAAAUUCGCUUACGUACCUUUUUUCCCUAUUUUUUUUUCUGGUUAUUCCGAAGUGAACAUGUCCAAGAGCAACUUAAAUUAUUAUGUUGUUACAAGUGUUGUAUUUGUAAGAUAAUUAGGUGCUAGCUGAAUUCGAAUGCAUGUUCUGUUAAAUCUAGCUUCAGAAUAAAAAUGUAAACCUGAAUUAUUUUGAAAACGAUAUUGUUUUGACAGCUAAUAUAACCCCAAAUAAUAUUAAAGCAAUUAAUUUUUUUUUGGAAAAACCCCGCAAUAUAUCAAUUUGUUUUUAACUUAGCUUUAUUUUUCAAAUUCAAAAUGUCUUGUGUUAAUGUAUCCUUUCUAUCACGUACAUUUAUCGACAUACUAACGUAAAACUUCAAAAGCACAACACUAUUAAGCCGUAUGCACUCGUUUAUGACGUAAGAAGCGGUCGUGUUUAUCCGACCGUAGCGCAGGGCGUACGAACAAAGUAAGUUUCGGAACAUGUAGGCUAGAGAUGGGAACCAUCAAUUCAAUCGCUGACAUUUCAUUAGUAAUUUUACUUAAUUUUAAAGGAAUUAAAUGAAAUUCUCCCAAAUAUUUGUAAAAAAAUGUUUAAUUAACAAUUGCUGUUCGUUUUAAAGUUAAAUAGUCAGUAUAACGAGACAUAUUUUAAUUUAUGUUUAUUUUUGUAUCGGUAAAGGACAUGGCCAAAAAAGUACAUUCCACGUACACGAACAAAAUUAAUACACUGUAAAAUACAAAUAGAAAUAUGAAUUAUUACGUAGUUUUUAGCCUCUCCAGACCUGACAAUUAUUAUUAAAAAAAUGUAAAAGUAAUGCAACAAAAUCAACUUCGUUUGUCAAGUUUCGCCAUAAUAGUCCAUAGAGAAAGAUAAAUAAAAAGACGUUCUAAUUCCAAAC